CUUCCGGUAACAAUUUUCAUGCUGAUUGUGAAAUUCGAAGAACCCUUUUACACGUUUUCUUUCCACGUAUAAUCAACAUUAUUUAGAUGAGUAUGAUGCUAACCAUGUUAUGAAGUAAGAGAUCUAUCGUUAAAUGUAAAACUAUCGAUUAUUUUAACGUCGGGAAGUAAAACGAGUCGAGCAAUAUGGGAGGAAAGCAGAAGUCGGGACAAACUCAGGCUAACAGAACCAAGGGAAAUGUGAAACCCUCCAGUAGCAGCCGGGCAGCUGAGCAGUUAACUACACCAGGUGGGGCCACAGGUUUUGUUGGUUUCGGAGCACUAUCGGGAGAUCUUGGUUAUGUGCCAACAGCGCAAGGCAGUGAUGAAGCAGACUCUAAUGUUGAUGCAGAUUUCCGAAUGGUUCUUAGAAAAUUAGCUAAGAAAGAUGCAACAACAAAGUUAAAGGCCCUACAAGAGUUCAGUACAUUAUGCAAGGAGAAGGAGACUGAUAUUGUGCUUGGGGCUUUACCAUUCUGGCCUCGUCUCUACAACAAGAUGGCUCUUGAUAAUGACAGAAAGGUGAGAGAAGCUACCCAACUAGCCUUUGAACAGUUGGUCUUAAGGGUGCGUCGUAAUCUUGCACCUCAUUUGAAGUCAUUGAUGGGCUGUUGGCUGUUAUCCCAGUGUGACUCACACCCCCCUGCUGCAUCUGCCGCAACUGCUGCAUUUUUAGCUGCACUUCCAGUGGCUAAACAAGCUGAUGCAAUCCUUUUCUGUAAAACAGAAGUUAUGAAUUAUCUCCAAGACAACCUGAUUCAACAGACCAUAGAGACACUCAGUGAUGCAAGGUUGUACUCUAAGGAUGAAAUGGAGUCUAAAUACUACAAAGUGAUCAGUUCUACUCUGCUUGCCUGGAAGUUGUUUAUCUCAACUGUACCAGAUGUUCAGCAACAGUCUCUUCAUGAUAAAUAUUCUGCCAUUUUGAAUGAAGGAAAGUUCUGGAAAUAUGGAAAACAUAAAAGUAGCAUGAUAAGAAGCAGCUUCUACAGUGUGAUCUCCACCCUCUGCCUCUGUGUCCCUGACCUUUGCCAGCAAUAUGCAGACAAGAUCUGCCCCCUAGUGCUCUAUAACCUGGACGAACCUGAUCCACUCAUUUGCCCUACCCUCUGGGAAGCUGUACUUGUUGUCGUCACUAAAAUACCAGACUGUUGGACCAAAAUCAACCCCAACAAAGGAAUGGUUCCAAAAUUGUUUGUGCUCUUCAAACAGGGAGGUAGUGGAAAUGCUGUGUCCGUUUUUCCAAACAUUUUGCCCUUUCUCAGUAAGCUACCUGAUGAUGUCAUAGGAACUGAUAGAGGGGAGAGGUUUUACAACCAGUUCUUCUCUAACAUGAUAAUAGGGUUGAAGCAGGACAAAGUCCAAGUGAGCCCAAGUGAGACAGCGGCCAUUUUGAAUGCUUACAUGGAAUGUCAGAGAUAUCUCAUCACUCAGAAUAUUGAUGAUGACGUCGUGUGGAGAAAUCUCUUCGCCGAUCAUGUGCUGCCAUUGUUAAAGCAAUCCUUCACAGAAGACAGUCCUUGUCUGUCAAACUCUCCAUUGUACAGUCUCCUUGUCGACAUGAUGGCCUACUUCACAAUGAAGGCAAAAACUCACGAGAAAAAAUCAGAUUACUUUCAACAAGUCAUUAAUUGUAUAUGGAGUGACUUAAACAUGAUUUGCCUCAAUAUGGUAGAUGUGGAAAAUAAGACCCCUUCACAUGUUAACCGCACACUAGGAAGACUUGCUGAAUUUCUUAAAUGUUUUAGCAUUGUGUCUAAGGAGCCCAAAUCGAAUAAAAAAGUCCUAUUCAUAGACACCCCAGAUUCAAAAUCCAGACCUCCAGUUGCGAUUCCCCAAAAAGAUGACAAACAUGAAAAACAGUUGCAGAGUUCUAAUAAGUCUGAGGCAGAAAAAAUUAAGAGUGCAAUAUGGACAGACAAUAAGAGAUUGCAAGUAUUGGUUUCAAAGACAUGCCAGAUUAGCUAUCAGAGAGCAAGAGCAGACCCUUCCAUACAUCACCUAAAGCUUAUUUCAACAAUCAUCUCCACAUACCCAAAUGUGAAAACAAUACAAGGCAUGAUAGAAAAUGAGGAGCAAGCAGCUAGCGAUUCAGACGUAUCAGCUAAUGUUGUAUUCCAGAAUGUCUUCCAUAAAGAGUUACUUCCCUGGGUUUUAGAGCUAGAAGAAGCCACCAAACAUAAAGAACUAGAGUUGGUUGUGGCUAUUAUAUCAGCUGUGUACCAACAGGUUGACCCUUCCGUCAAAGUGGAGAUUUUACAAAAUAUGUGCCAGCACAUAGCCAGUCCUCUCGUUUUACACACCAUGCUGAGGCCAAUAGUGAGUCAGUCCAACCCAAAGGAGGUGAAUGUGUGGCUGAAGGGUCCAACACUAGGAGAGAGGCUAACCUUGCUGACUCAGCAACUCUGUAGGGAGAGUCUAGAGGGGGAUGGUGCAGAUUUAAAGGGAGACAGGGAUCCUGAAAACUGUUGGAAACUAUUGAGUCUGGGCUUGUCAACUGAUGAACAUUUUGAGCCACUGAUUGAUCAAAAAUAUGUCGAUCAGAUUCUCGCUGAAAUUAUGAAAGCACUACCCUCUGGUGACAGAUCUGAGAACUACCAACCAGUGCAAGUGAAUAGAUGCGUAUCAUUUGUGUGUGACAUCGCACACAAUUUCUUCAGUAAUGUAAAGGGUUGUUUGAUGAUGGCAUCAACAGAAGACCUUCUCCUGUCACUCUUUAAGAUCAGUCUGCAGGAUAUACCCAAACUUACAGGUGAUACAUACAAGAAAGUGAACCAUACAUGGUGUGAGGGAGUCUCCUCUCUAGUAAGACAGAAGGGUGGUUUUAUACAUGAAGAGGGAUUCUUCUACAAAGCUACUCAGGAAUUAAGACACCAGCUAUCUAGCUACUGCACUAAGUUCAACAGAGUGACGUCUCUGUCCAAAGUUGGAUUACAACUGGUGGAAAUGUUCCUAUCCAACCUUCCACAUACUGCUGGUGAGGAUGACCUUGACCUUGCUGACCCUUCCAUUCAACCUUUACUUGAACUUCUUACCAUCCCAAUGUCACAUGGUCACAACUCUCAAUGGAAAAUCAUACCAUUAAUCAAUAGUGAUCUGACCUUGACCUUUGGAGCAGAAGAUAAAAUUGACCAAUCAGAUGCCUAUGUGAACAGUUAUAUCACACCAUGCAUAUCAACUAUAGCAUUUACAUCAACUAUCUUAGUUGAGAGAAUUACAAAACCCAGACAACAGCAUUCCGAUAAUGACCUAAUGAUUGAAGCCUUAUUAGAUCUAAGCUAUGGGGUCUCUUUGUGCAAUGCAAUGUUGGGUGACAAGAAACAGCAGCUUAAUGACACCGAACUCUCUCAAGUGUGCUUAUUUAUGGAAAACAACUUAAUCAAAAUAUUAGACAACUCAGAUCAUACUGUCUGCAGCACUCUCAUUGAUGGACUUCUAAAAAGGUCACUUACUAAUGGCAAUCUCUGGUCUGUGGCGCUUGGUCUUGUCCUAGGACACCUGAAUAAAGAUGGCGGUGCUAGCAUUGAUAUUGUUGCAAAGUUGGGAGGCCUUGAUAGAUUUUCCACCCUUGAUGAUGCUUGCCUACACACUAUAGAAAGCACACUGUCACAUAUAAAACUCUACCAACAGCUUCAGAUGGUGGACUUUAUGGUGGCUAAGGUUAUAAGCUGUCCUCCAGAGAACAUCACCAACAUUGAUGGUGCCCUUGGACCAUUGUCAGUGAUCACAAAAGUGUGUGGGUAUCUAGAAACAGUCAGUGAGGAUACUAACAUAAACCCAGAGGCCCUUGUUGGGGUUCUUAAUGAAAUACUUGUGUGGAGAGACAGGCUUGAGCAGCUGUUCUUGUUUCACAGGAGCCCAACUGAUGUAGCAUGGCCUGUAAUGCAGUUUAAUUUACAACUAAUGAGAUAUCUAGAGAUGAUGUUAACUAAACUGACAGAUAAGUUAACAGAGACUCACUGGGAUUUCAUCAUGUGUAGUAUGGUUGCUUGGAUACAGAGUGCCCAUGAAGGUCUAUCAGACAAACCAAGUGAGCUUGCAAGCAGUGUAUUCAGUGUAGCAUCCUUCUCAUUCCUAAGUAAGGUGUCUGAAAGUAUGGACAGAGUCACAGACAACCCAACUGCAAAUCUACCGGCCAAUCUAGUCAUGGAAUGGAAUGAAUUUUUCAGUCAGGGAGCAUACAGUGUGCUGUUACCACUAUUUGUGGAAUUGAUUGGAACUUCUGACAGCAGUAUACAGACUAGUUUGGUCAUAAAAAGUUUGGGAGAAGCGAUCUCAUUCUGCCCUGUUGAUCAUAUAAAGAAUCACCAGCUCCCAGCCAAACUAAUCGCCACACAGGAAGAUGGGUUGCCUCAUGAUGUACAGACAUUAUUGAACCACUUAUGCCCUCUAUUGGUGACAAGACAAUACGCUGUACAACUUACGGCCUACAAGUUACUGCUCAGAUUCAUGCCUGUCUUAGCAACAUACAACACCACAACAGAAAGUGAGGAAGAUAAGGAGACAAGGCCCCUACCUUCAGCACUAAUGCAGAUUCUAGACACAACAUCCCAUGCAAUGCAGGUGAUCUUACAGGGGGUCAAAGUAGGAGACUGUUUACAGAUUGACCCACACAUAGAAGAGUAUAACUAUGCGAUAGGCUACCAUUUAGUGUGGAAAUUAUUGUUGGCUUUCUUCAAGGGAGCAACUGCUGAGAAUCGAGCCCAGUAUGCCAAUGCUUUGCGUGACAAUGGCUCCGUAUCCAGACUCCUCUCCAACCUCUUCUGCAUCAUGCCAGAUGAUCCUAGCCGCACCUGUCAGUUCUCGCAAGUCAAGGGAUCCUCUCCCAUGACAGUACUGUCGCCAAAAGGAAAGAUGGCAUCACAGAAUAUGUUUGGUACUAGUGCUAUCCUGGAUAUUAAAGCUCCUUGUCUCCAUGAGGACUUGGAGCAUCUGUCAUGCUCUGUAUACUAUGAUGCUCUUCAAGACCUCCCAGUGAUGGCAAGGCAUUGGUGGAGUGGUCUGGAUAAAUCUACAGCUGCAUUAGUUGACAGAUACACAGCAGAUCAUGUUAGUCCACUUCUGUGCAGUGCUGAGAUUCAAGCAGUACGAAAUGAAGAAACAAAGUUAGAAAAUCUAUCGAUUCGAGCCAGGCCCACAGCAAGGGAGGUCAUAGCCACGUAUGAGAAAGAAGAGUUAACAAUAGAGCUAGUUAUUGCCCUCCCAAGGAACCAUCCCCUUUCAACUAUUACAGUAACAAGUGAGAAGAAACAUGGAGUAGCAAUGACACAAUGGCGCAAUUGGAUGUUGCAGCUCACCAAAUUUUUAGCUCAUCAGAAUGGAUCGAUAAUAGAUGGACUGUCACUCUGGAAGCGUAAUGUGGACAAGAGGUUUGAAGGCGUUGAGGAUUGUAUGAUAUGCUUUGCUGUUAUCCACAUGACAACUUGUCAACUACCCAAGUUACAAUGCAAAACAUGCAAGAAGAAGUUCCAUUCUGCUUGUCUGUAUAAGUGGUUCAACACCAGUAACAAUUCCACAUGCCCACUAUGUAGAAACCUCUUCUAAAGUUGGACUGCAUUGAUAUAGCAGCUACAACCAGUGGGGAAAACCAAACCAAGUGAAAAAUAAAAAAGCAAUAAAGAGUAAAGAAUUGUAAAAUGAAAAUGAAUGAAAGGAAAUUGUUGUAUGUGAUUGGGCAGAAAAAAGUAAUUGAAUAUUUUUAGAAAUCUUGUGCUACAAAUACAAUGUAUUGUGGACAAAUUAGACAGUUAAAUCAACCAGACAAGUGUUUAUGUAUUUCCAUGCUGCACUACAUACUGAGAGACACUAGAUAUUGAAAAUGCUGUCAAAUUGAAACUGAAGGAUUGAAUGCUAUUAAUGAAUUACUGGUAUUGUACAGAUAUGACAGAAUAAUCAUCUAACUUAAAUAACAUUUUAUUUGUGGUGUUAAGUAAAAUGUGUAAAAACAAUAAAUGAAUAUAAACAAAAAACAAACAAAAACCAGGAUUUGGCUUGUUGAUUUGGAAAAAAAAACCUGUACAUUGUGGAUGUCAGAAAAAAGUACAAAUAUAUUAAUCCUUUAAUUCAAAUCAAACAUAUUACUGUAAUAAAC